AUGCGCUUUUCACUCACCCUUGUAACCCUGAUCGCAGCGGAAAUAGCUGCUUCAGUUUCUCAAGAGACCACUGUGUCGAACGUCUUCGACUUCCCGGAAUAUCCGCCUCCGUUGACGCCGCCGCCUAAUCAGACGGUCGCGGAUACCGUCAUCCCUUUGCCUGCAAAUGAGACGGGCGGAGACAGCGCCUUGGCCAGUGCGAAGAUUCAUGUCGACACCGGCCGGUAUGGUCCUCCCAUCGAGCUCGUCCACGCGUACUUUGAUUAUUGGCCAACGGGCGUCGGCGUAAGCAGCGACGGGCGGAUUUUCACAUGCUUUCCCCGUGGAAACGAGACGUUCACGCUUGGGGAGAUAAACAGCUCCACCACUGAGGCCCCUUUCCCCAACCAAGAUGUGAACACACCUCCUAUGUUCCUGAAUGCAUCCAAUCCGGGCUUCAGCGUAGCAACCGACAAGCUGCUCUUCGUGCAAUCUGUCGUCGUGGAUGGCAAGGACCGUGUUUGGGCGCUGGAUACCGGCCGUCCUCGCAUUAAUGGCACGAUGUUAAAUGCCGCGACGCCCGGAGGUCCGAAGCUCGUCGGGUUCGACCUCAAUGGAACGAAGGUCGCUGCUAUCACGUUCCCCGCGACCGUCGUGGUCACGGAUUCGUCCCUGAACGACGUCCAGUUCGACCUCCGCGGUGACGGCUUCGCGUAUAUCACGGAUAGCUCCCCGCAGCGUCCCGGCAUCGUCGUCGCCAACUUGGCGAGCGGCCAAUCGUGGCGGCACCUUGAUAACCAUCCUUCGGUCUCCGCCGAGAGUGGUUUUAUCCCGUUCCAUAAUGGAGUGCCGACGUACCUCCAUCCUCCAAUGGACCCGAAUGCCAUUACGUUCUUCAACCGGUUCGCCGUUGACGGCAUCGCCCUUUCGGAAGAUGGCGAGUUCCUCUACUACACCCCAUUGACCGGCCAACACAACGCCAUUAACCGCUUCAACCCCAAGACCGGUUUAAUUGAGCCGUUCAUCCGCGACCCCGCGAUCCAGUGGCCAGACACGCUUGCCGUCGCCUCGUUGAGGGCCGGAGGGCAUUUCCUCUAUUUCACUGCGAACCAGCUUUGGCUCAGUCCGGACUACCAAAACGGGACGGAUCUGCGUACGAAGCCGUACGCCUUGUUCCGAGUGCCUAUCGAGGGCGGGAAGGCAACGCAGACGCCGCGAGGCGAGUCUGCGAUUGCGUCCCGCACGCGGGACAUGCCAGGGUGCAGCCGCACCGCCGUGUGCGUGAAGUAG